UAAAUAUUUUUAAAUAAUAAACUAAAUAUAUUUGCUUUAAUGUGAAACAGAUGACAUCUUGGUGAGUAACAAAAAAGAAUACAUAAACGAUCUGGUAUAAGAAAAUUAUCCCUCUAAAAGAAAGGCAUUUACAUCAUAAAUUGCAUAUAGAUUACUAAUUUUUUUCUACAUGUCAUUUUCACACGUAUGUGUGAAUAAAUAUGAUAAUUCUAAUACGUAGAUGAUUUCAUAAAUUACUAAAUUAUAUAUGUUAGACUUAUAUAUAGAUUACAAUACUUAUUCUCCGCAUUACAUGGACAAGCGAGAUGGAAAAAAAAUAAUAGGUUCAAUAAAUAUAAAAAAUAACAAAAGAAGGAGAACAUAAAGAUAUCUCUUCAUGUCUCAGUAUAGAAUCAUUUUGAUUGCUGUAAGAAGAUGAAUUUCGUCGGGAAUGAAUAUUAUAAACUCAAUCGACGUCUUUUAAUGUUAGUUGGCUUGUGGCCAUAUGAACAUUCAAUUUACAAAUAUUGUCAAAUGAUAUUUUGUAAUGUUAUUGUAAUGUAUAUGACAGUUUCUCAGGUAAGAGUAUACAGUACAUACAAUUUAAUAUCAAGCUUGUGUCACUUGUUUGACUUUGCUCUUACAUGUUGCGGUAAUAAUGGUAUAAGGUAUCUCAUGGAUCAUGUAGAAAAAGAUUGGAAUAUGCUUAAAGAUAAAAAAGAAUUAGAAAUUAUAGAAAGUUAUACUUACGUUGGAAGCAUGUGCACUUUGUCUUUUACAAUAUUGGGUUAUGUGGCUACGAUAACUAUUUUUAUUUCAUCGUUAAUACCAAGUAUCCUCGACAUUAUUGCUCCAUUAAACACUUCGCGACCACGACAAUUUCUAUUUCCGGGAGAGUACUUUAUUGAUCAGCAAAAAUUUUUUUAUGCGAUUUUAUUGCAGACAAAUAUAAGUUUAGGCUUAAUAGUAACCACUUUGGUAGGCACUGAAUCAUUAUACGUGACAUACGUACAGCAUGCUUGCGGAAUGUUUCGUAUUGCCAGGUAAUAAAAUAACAGAAAUUAGGUGGACAAUUGUAUAUUUGUUCUUAAUGCAAAUUAUUUAUAUUUAUUUUAUAAGUAUUA